AUGGUGCGCCUCGGUGAGUUCAAAGACGCCGCAGUCUUCAAUCUAGCGGGCGGCCGCUUGGUCAGUAGGGAUUGGGGUACAGACUGGUCUAUGGGUGUCAUCGAGAGCGACACCGGAAACACCACACCCACGCCUCUAUCAUGGGUCGACGACUCUAGAUCGAUGCCAGAAUUUGAGUAUGCUCGCGAGAACAACCAGGAUGUAUUGCGAUGCGGCCCCGGUAAGUCUUCGCUUCGCUCGCAUAUGCCUUCUCUUGAACUGAUGAGUCACAGAUAA